GUAACCUAACUUCGCUGCUUUGUUUUACUGACUGGAGGACAUGUCUGGUCGCGGCAAAGGCGGGAAGGGUCUGGGCAAGGGGGGCGCCAAGCGCCACCGCAAGGUGCUGCGCGACAACAUCCAGGGCAUCACCAAGCCCGCCAUCCGGCGGCUGGCCCGGCGCGGCGGCGUCAAGCGCAUCUCCGGCCUCAUCUACGAGGAGACCCGCGGGGUGCUCAAGGUGUUCCUGGAGAACGUGAUCCGGGACGCCGUCACCUACACGGAGCACGCCAAGCGCAAGACGGUCACGGCCAUGGACGUGGUGUACGCGCUCAAGCGCCAGGGCCGCACCCUCUACGGCUUUGGGGGCUAAGACUUUGCGUACGAAAAGUGAAUUCUUUGCCAACCCUAAAGGCCCUUUUCAGGGCCACCUAUCCAUGCACUAGAAGGAGCUAGCGACGCUGUUUAUUUCCUUUUCGUGGGAACUGAGGUUACUGCAUGUAUUUUGCGAUCUGAGUUCCAUGACUUCCAUAUAAUUUAACCAUGUUUACUCCUUGUCCGGGGGCAUUAAACAUCAAGGCAGCCUUUAAGGUUUAUGUUCACGGACCUUGUCUAUGGGUUUUUCUAUUUUUGAGACGUGCCCACACUUUAAGUUGCAAUCCAUUUAUAGACAUGUCCCAAACAUGAGAUUGUACAUUUUUCAAAUCCAGUUGCUAUCUGGAAAUAAAGCUUGAAUAUGAACUGGAGGAAAAACCAUUAGCCUACUCUGUUCAAGGAAAAGCAAAGUGAGAAUGCCCAGCUACUACGUGGUAACUAGGGGGAAGGGUUUGAUGUGAGAAGCUUAGACUGAGCUGUAGACUGCAGCCACCUAUAAGCAAGCCUCCUAGGUGGCACGUGGGGACUUUUUCGCCCCUUUUCUCCCUCAUAUUUGGAUUAUGUAAAAUGAUUACCAAUAAAAUGUAUUUAAGCCACAAUGAUUUGGGGGUUUGUCUUAAUCUUGUCACGUCUAUUCCCUGAUAUUCUAUAAUAAAAGCAGCAAUGUUAAGUCCUCUCACAAACCCGCUGGUGCCUCCUUUAAAGCCAGAAAGGGAGCUA